UAUUUUUGUUCCGUUUUUCGAUGAUAUUCCAUGAAUCAUUGUGAAGAACAAUGAAGAGUUUUACGAGGCUGUAAUAUUGAGAUUUUUCUUGUCACUCUUCAUGAUUAUUCACAGUGGAACAAAUUAGCUUAUGAGGAUCACUAUUUAAUCACAUGGAGUAGCGCAUAUUAAUCAAUGUCUCCUGAAACACUACAUCACCCCUCCCGAAUUGAAAAAACGUGAAUUCUAUCAUGAAUGGGGCAGAUUCUGAGAAAAUGAAUCUGAAAUCGGAAAACUUUGAGUCGCUCUUCGUUAGUAGGAUUUUAGAGUAGUUUGCUCCAUGUAAAGACGGACAGAAAGUGAAAAAUGUCCAGUGUUUAGAAAAGCAUGGCAAUAUUAAGUUUAAACUUUAAAUGCUGAACAUUUUAAAAAUUCACGGGAAAUCGUCAAGUACAUGUGUUUACGAAUUGUCGUACGACCGACGGUGCAUCAAAGUGGGCUCUAGAGUUGGGGCUGCACUCCUGGGAUUGUUCAAGGAUAUGCUACAGCUUAUUUACUACAAAAUUUAAUGUCAACUAACAAGAUCUAGCGGAGUUCCUAUUUCUACAGAAAAAUACACUCCAACAGUUCUGCUCAUUGUUGCAUAAAGUGCUCAUAAAAAUGUUUCUGAGCUCCAUACAUGGAAAAGAAUUAUCCACAAUCGUCAAUUAUUGCAACAAUUGUAUGUUUAGUCAAUCUAUACAUGAUACUUCAUACAGAAGGGUGUGGAUCAGUCACACGACCCUAAAUACAAUGUCCUCGGAGUUGGCCAUGACAACCAAAAAUAUGCGAUUCAUCGUUUGUUCGUCCUGGUGUGGGAAUUAUUCAUUAAAGAUGACCGAGAUAACAGUGGAUCACGGAAGGAUGGGCCGAAGGUCGAAAAAUCACUGUACGUGGCGAUGGUGACGUAGAGUCACUUUUUUAUUCAAAAUAAAUGUCAAAUUGCACACUGAACAAACAGCAACUAAUGUCUUAGAUGAAAUAGAAUUGAGCGCAUUAUGCUACGAAAUAGCGAUGGUGGAUGUGCCGGGUAGUUACCGUGAUGAUUAACCAAAAGAAAAACUAAAGUCUCCCAGUUUAAUCCUUCCCUGCGGUUGUAAGUCGCAGGUAGACACUUGGUGCGGCAACACUGUCUCCUGCACUGCUACUGACGAAUAGUGAUUGGAGAGCAGCGAUGUUCUUAUUUAUGUGAAAGGAAUAAAUAAUCACAAUCACAUAAAUUGAUAGUUCACAAUAAUUAGAAAAUCUUUAAUUAGAAAACUAUUAUACUUGAUAUAUUUAACAACCGAUUAUAAUUAUGAUAUUUGGUACAUCGAGAUCAGGACGAACGGCUGUCUCGACUAAACUCUUCAGUUUCUGUUGUAACGUGGUAUUUUACCGCGUUACUGGUUCUCGAACGUUUCGCGAUUCGGGAGACUUCCACCAGACGGGAAGUCACCUUCAAUGGCGAGAGUUCGAGCGGAGAGGAAAAUAGGUUUGAUUAUUUAUUGGAUUUAUUUUUUUUUUGAAUCAAAUUACGCGCCACCACGUUCCCACUGAGGACGACAUCAAGGAUCCUGGGGAAGCCGGAAGAGGUCAUUAGUCUUCCGGCUAAUUGGGAGGAUAACGGAUAGUUUGAUUUGGCCGACAUUGGAGCCACCAUCCAGGAAUCCUGUACCCGGAAGUGACGCAGUUGUCGUGCACGUGGCUGUUGCAGAUCAUCAAAUAUUAAUUUAAUAUUGAUGUGAGAGAAUUAUGUCUCUCAGGGCAACGGAGGACGCAGGGUGUAUUUAGAGUUGAUGAGGAUGCGUUUAUGAGAUGUUAACAGGGAUUACCUACGAUUAAUUAAUCAUGUUAAGCAUAGCUGAAAUUAAUAGCGCAGGCGUUAUGAUUAAUGGUUCUGUUACGCAUGGCUGGUUGAGUGGGAUUGGUGAAUGAUGACGUUGUCACCCCCCCCCCCACUCGCCAUUGCCUAAUAUCACCGCGUUGCCGACCUGUUGCGGAUUUUCACGUGUCGAGGGAAAUCACUUCCUGUUUGGUGGAGCUCGAGAGCGGACCUGUGUCAGUUUUGUGGUGCAACGGACGCCAUUUCACCCGAGGAUUUCUUUAGAGGUUGUGAAGCAUUUUGGGCCGGAUUUGAGGACAUGUGGAGGUUUCGAGUGAGCGUGGUGGCCAUUCCUUUUAUUUUUGGAGAGUCUGUUGAAGACUGUGGGCAGAGAUUCUAAUUUUUGUGGGUGUUACGUACACCUGGGUCCUGUGGACCAUUGUUCAAAGUAUUCUGGCAGGGAAUCUCUGGCCACUUCUUUCAGCGAUUUUGGAUUCUCUCUCUCGUUCCGCUAAUGGUUUUUCGAUUUAGUCUGAAUAAGAAUUUGUUAGUUAACUCUCUAUGAGGAGUCUUGCGACUUCUGUUCGAUGAUUUGUGUCGCAAACUCCUUAUUGUCUCGCCAUUGAAUUUGAGGUUGAUGUUCAUAGUUUCAAGGUCGCGUGACCUCCGGAUUAUUUUGUCUCUGGUUUUGUAUUUAUUUCCUGUAAUUUUGUUCGUUCGGGGUCACGCACACUUAUCGAUUUUCGCGUUACUGUUCCGAGUCACUGGAUUAUUUUGACAAAAUUAUAACGUCCAAUUCUGAUUAAUUUAUCUGACUUUUCCGACAGCAAUUGAGUUUCGUGACUCCGUUGUUUGAUUUAAUUAUUUUUUACAUUCUUUGGACAAUAGCAACUUGCGUCUUGGAACGCAGUUGUUCAUUAAGUAUUUAUUUCUGAAUCCUUUGAUUGCUUUCACAUUAUGACUUGAUUUUUUUUGUUGGUGGACUUCAGAAGAUUGUUUACUUAGUUCUUAAUUGGACAACAGUGAUAUUCUCUUAUAAAUUAAAUGUGUGUGUUGUAACGCUUGGUCGAUCUCCGUGGAGUUAUUGAAGCUGAGAGCGGAGAAGGGUUUUGUUUACGGUGGUCAUUCCAUUUUAAUGACCUGGCGCCUGACUGAUUUUUCUGAUUUUAUUUUUUGGGGUGUUCUGGUGCUAGAGGGCGGGCUAAUGGACGAAGGGCUCCGCGAACCUUCCGAAAUUACGUCACACUGUAUUUGAACUACCUAAAACUAGUGUUUUUAAUUUUAAGUUUUCACACCAAAAAGAGUGGGGAUGAAAAUGGGUUAGUAGAAAAACUAGUGGGAGGAUAUGACAUACAAUGAGGGGUCUUUGUAACAGACUCUAGAUCUUUCUUACGGGCAUAAAAACAAGUAAAGAAAGAAUAGGCUGGCAUGGUCUGGCAAUUCUCAAAUUCUAUUCCAUAUGAAAUGUUGUGACUAAUUUUUUAUCCUGCACAAAAGCUUCUUUCAUUAAUUUUAGUAUUUCUCUCUUUGUUUGUUCCCAAUCUACGUGUCAGACCUAACAUAAAAAUUCGAGAUUGUGAAGUUUAUGAUUUGUAAGGGUCGGUUUCCAGUUUAACGAAUAUUUAACGAUCGGUUCCAAAAAUUCUAAAAUAUUUAAGACCGAACACACUCCCUCUUGAGAGACUUUACUUUAGUGUAUCGAUUAACAUAGUAAAAUACCAUGAGCAAAGUUAUGGAAAAACUUAUCUAACACAUAAGGUAAAAAAAAAAACUCGUUGCACUCCGGGAUUGCAGGCAGAAGUGAAAACUUGAACUUAUGGCGAGUUGGGCACUUUUCCGAUCGUCGAUUCACGUCCCUAGUGAAAUCCUCCACUAAAUUGAGUAUAUUUUCGAUUUUUCGGGUUUUCCUACUUUUCCGGCGUUCCCAUAAUUGUUAGCGAUUUUCCGACCGUCGAUUCACGUUCCUAGUGAAAUUCUCUACUAAAUUAAGUAUAUUGUUGAUUUUUCGGGUUUUCCUACUUUUCCGGCUUUCUCAUAAUUUUUAACGAUUUUCCGACCGUCGAUUCAAGUCCCUAGGGAAACUCUCGAAUAAAUUCCGGAUUUUUUCGAUUUUUCGGGUUUUCCUACUUUUCCGGUUUUCCCAUAAUUUUUAGCGAUUUUCCGACUUUUGUAUCAACACUUUAGAUUUGUUUUUUUUAACACAAUACCAUAGCAGCAACACCAUUCAAAUGGAAUAUUUAAAUAAAUAAAGUUUGCGUUUAACAUACACUUAUAAAAUAAAUAUAAAAAAAACUCUCAAUCUCGUCUGUCACGAGGGCACGAACGAAUGCCCAUGCAAAGAAUGCGUAUACAGUGAUGCCAGACGGGGGCAAAAAUCCCACGCGUAGGGGUUUCAUGCGCAACUCCCUCGCGCAACUACUGCUGCGGAGUGGGGUAGUGGGAGACGUGUGGGUCCCGCAUCUGGCAUCACUGUAAAAUCUCAUCUGUCGCGAGUUCACAAGAAAAUGCUCACCCACAAAAGUGCCCAACGCGCCAUAAGAAGUUUUCAUUUCAAAAAUAAGAUCACAUGAACUUGAAAAGUCUUUAAGUCGUUAAUGUCCAGUUUAGUGUCUUUUUCAUUUCUUUUCAUCCAUUAAUAACGGUGAAAGUUUUCUAAUAUUUCUUUCGAAUUCACUCCUUGCAGUUCUAACCUUAACCACACAUGUAACACCAUCGCUACCUGGAUACGUCUCAAUGAUUCGACCUAAUGACCACUGUCGAGGUGGCAGGUUAUCCUCUCUUAGAAUAACAACAGUCCCUUUUUCAAUUUCGUGGCUGCCUUGGUCCCAUUUGUGCCUGAGAUUUUGUUCGUUGAUGUAUUCUUUAUUCCAUCGUUUUCAAAAUUCCUGUUGUUUUUUCGGAAUGAAUUCCCAAGAUGACAGUCGGUUUUUUGGUGUCUUGCUGAAAUCUGAUUCUGGCAAACUCAUUAAAGAAUCGCCAAUUAGGAAAUGUCCAGGAGUGAGAACGAUUAGAUCGUUAGGAUCAGUGGCAUAUAGGAGUCAAAGGACGGAAAUUUAAAAUCGCUUCGAUCUCAAUGACUAGGGUAUUAAAUUGCUCAAAAGUGACUAAGUCAUCACAAAUUCUUUUCAAAUGAUGCUUAAACGACUAGAUACUAGCUUCCCAAAGCCUGCCGAAAUGAAGGGAAAGAGGAGGAAUGAAGUGCCAAGUGAUUCCUUCGUUAGGUAGUUCGCGUUGAAUUUUGUUGUUAUGCUCGCUGGAUUGAAGAAACGAAUACAAUUCCUUAAUUUCAUUAUUUGCGCCUAUGAAGUUGGUGCCAUUUUCAGAAUGGAUAUUUUUUGGUUUUCCUCGGCGAGCAAUAAAUCGUUUUAAAGUGGCCAUAAAACCUUCGGUAGUUAGGUCAGUCACUACUUCUAAAUGAAGUGCUUUUAUCACCAAGCAGACAAAUACUUCAACCCACAUUUUUAUUCUAUUUCUAUUGCCUAAUUUCUUUUCUUUUACAUAAAAAGGUCCACAAUAGUCAACCCUAACGUUUGCAAAGGGUCGGGCUUCUGUAAUUCUUGCUCUUGGAAUAUUGUCCAUAAUAUAGUGGCUUUUCGGAGGAUUAGCCUUGACGCAGGUAGUGCAGUUGUUUAUCACCUUUCGUACCUCGUGACGUCCGUCGAUUAACCAAUAUUUUCUUUGAAGAGCGUAUAAAGUUGUUUGAGCUCCAGAGUGAAGAUUCGUGAUAUGUUCAUUUUUUAUAAAAAGGGUAGUAAUAUGAUGCCCCUUUGAAAUUAAUAAAGGAUGUUUUUGGUCAUAUGGGAUAUGUGCGUUUUUCAAUCAUCCACCUACUCGUAGUAGUUCAUUUUCAUCUAAAAAUAAAUCAAAUUUUUUUCAUUUGUGAUUGGGAGAUAAUUGAUGAUUUUUCUUGAUGUCUUUUAUUUCCGUUGAAAAUUCUGAAUGCUGAAUGAGUUGAGUUAUUUGAUUAUUUGUUUCCUUCAAUUCGGAAGCUGAAAGUAGGCCUUAUUGUUUAUUUUUGAAGCAUAGUGCACUGGCGAACAAUCUUCUCGAGUAGCCGAUGGAAGAAAAGCGUAAUAUAUACGGUAGUAUAGAUUUUUCUUCAACCGAAUUGCCUGGGAGUUUUUCCUCAAUUUUUUGUGUGGUCUCAAUUUCCUUACGGAUUUGUAGAUCAACGAGUAGGCAUUGAGUUUUCUUCAUUUCCGUCAUAUCAGAUAGAAGACUCAGUUCACUCUUUGGCCACUUGUCUUCAUGCGUAGAAAGCCAAUCUGGUCCAAAUUUCCAAUUAAGGUCGUCAGUGAAUUCGCCGGGGAAGACGCCACGAGAGAUGUGAUCUGCAGGAUUGUCCUUUGAUCGGACAUGUCUCCACUCUGCACCCUCGAUUUUUUGCUGCAUUCCUGCUACUCUGUUAGCCUCGAAGACUAAUAACUUAUUUGGACGAGUCUUGAUCCAGUGUAAAGUUAUCAUUGAAUCUGACCAAAAAAUUACUUUGCUAAAUGUAUGAGUAAGAGCUCCCUUGGCGGCUGUAUAAAGAUUAGCUAAUAGUAAUGCUGAAUAUAACUCGAGUCGAGGUAAUGAUGCAGGUUUAAUUGGUGCGCCUCGAUAUUUUGCACAAAGCAGACGUGUUUGAAUCGUGCCGUGGAUAUCAAUGGGUCGUAGAUAAGUACACGCUCCAUAUCCAACUGUGCUAGGAUCACAAAAUCCAUGUAAUUAAAUUUCCGUUGCCUUAGAAAUAAUUGUCUUUCGAUGGAAAAAUAAAUCGUUUAAUUCACACAGUUGAUUAGCAUACGUUUUACAAUCUGUGAAAAUGCUUACAGAAAUUGCAUCAUCCCAAUCUAAUUUUUAUAACCACAAGCGAUGAAGAAUCAUUCGAUCUUUAAUUAUGACAGGACCAAUGUUAUCACUCAAAUUAUUUGAACGAAUUGUUCCCUCUUGUAAUUGAAAUAAAUUACACAACACAGUUUUUUAAUUCCACAAAUGCUCACGUAUAUUUAAAUCACUUAAGGUAAAAUAACACUUUUAUUUUCUUAAAUUAUUGAAUUGAUGGACUGGCUGUCCUUUGGGAUACUAAUACUCGAAAGGGAAUGAAAAUUAUAGCUAUGUGUCGAUUGACGCGGUAGGACCAAUACUGAGCAUGUCCUCCCUUCCAAUCUUCCUCUUUUCGUCCAAGUGUUCGAAGUUUUCUUGAGGGAAAUUGGAAGGGGACUCAAUUUGCUGCUUAUUGGCUGUCCCUUUUUUUGCAGGGUCAGUCCGCGAGGACUGAGGCCCUUUUUUUAUAGUGCACGUGGCACCACUUCAGACGACAACGAGAGAGUUUUUCGGCGUCAUUCCAGUUUUAUUAGCAAAAAAGGGUCAUAAAUCAAGAAUUGUCUAGAAUUGUAAGAUGUCUAGACAGGGAAAGGGUAUAAAUUAGAGGAUUACUGUAAAAAAAUUUAAUGUUGUACGUGUUUAGUUUGAGUUUCCCCAAAUUCUCUCUCGCUGGCGCGUGAAAUGCCCCCACGUGCAUGAAACCUUUACAGCCAUGACUGCAUGAAUAUUAUUAAAUAAUUAAUGUUACUUAUGUGCUAAAUUUAGAUCAUUAAAUUAUGUUAAAAAUAAAACAAACGAUCGUCUGGUCGUAACAACCAAGAAAGCCUAAAGGGUAAAAUAUUUUGGCUACUUCAGAUAAAAUCGUUCGCUUUGUCACCUUAUUAUUGAAUGGAAUCGGCUUCACUGUGUAGACAAUUAAAUCUCGUGCUCAAUCCCAAUGAAUACCCAAUGUUUUUAAACUUGCGUCAUUUGAUGCAUUCAAUUUCAAAUUGACGCUCCCCUCUGGUAAUCCCUUUAAAACUCUAGGGUCAUUUGAGGCCCAUUCACGCAGAUUCAACUGUGCCUUCCCUAACAGUGAGGUUACUUCAGUCCGCAAUCGGAGAGCUUCUUCAUAAGUAUCAGCAUUAGAUAAAAAAUCGUCAACAUAAAAAUCUCGUUUCAGGACUUUCGAUGAAUCGGGAAAUUCGUGGCUUUCAUUGUCGGCCAGUGGAUGUACACAGCGAAUGGCUAAAUAGAAAGGCGCUGAAAGGCCAAAAGUGACGGUGUUUAAAUGAAAUAAUUUUUCAUUGCGUUGAUAUUUUCUAUCCUCUUCGCGAACUAAGAAUUGUCGCUACAUUUUUUCUAUAUCGGCAGUAAUCACAUAUUGGUGAGUAAGAACGCGAGUAAGAAGAGAAAAAAAUGUCUUGCUGUAUAGUGGGCCUAACCAUAAGUGUGUCAUUGAGGGAUACUGAGUUCUCCCCCCUGGCUGACCCAUCAAAGACAACCCUAACCUUUGUAGUGAGGCUAGCCUCCUUUACUACAGCAUGGUGUGGCAGGUAGAAGCCUGUCCCUUCCUCGUGGUUCGCUUGAGCCUCUGACAUAUGGCCCAGGUCAAUAUACUCUUGGAUGACGGCAGUGUACUCUCUUUCCAAUUCUAGGUUACGCUGGAAGUUCCUCAAUAAAAGUUUAAAGCGUUUUUGAGCUAGGUCAUGGGAAUUUCCUAGCUAGGCUUCCUUUACGUUGAACGGCAAGGCCAGUACAUAACGUGUAUUGGCGUCACGAGUAGUAUUUUGGGUGAAAUGAUCUUCACAGGGUUGUUCUCGUUUUGACCACUGCUUCGACGUAUGAAUAUCGUCCGUUUCCCAGAAAUUUUUUAAUUCUCUUUCAAUUGAAGUUACGUAAUUGUGAGCUGGAUAUCCCUUGACUGGUGGUUUACUGGCCAACACACUUCCUCCGAUGAUCAAUCCGAAACGAGUUUCUUGUAAAAUCAUAUGUGGAGCACCCGGACCAUUCAAUUGCUUUUGGCCUAGACAAAAUGAAACGAGUGUCGUGCCCACGCUCAAGAUCAUGUCGACAGGUGCAGGGGGCAAUCGACCCUAGCAAUGGGUGCAUUGGUCUAUCUUCGCACCUGGUCAGCAUCAUCGGGAGCCAACGUCAGCUUGGUCUGUGCCAAAACCAAGGUGGAUCCCCUCAAGAAGAUGACCAUUCCACGGCUGGAACUCACGGUAGCUGUCAUGGUCACAAAUCUGCUGGCCUAUGUACAGGGAGCUCUGGAACUUGAGGACGCGUAGCUCUACCUAUGGAGCGACUCAUCAAUAGCCAUCGCAUGGAUUAACGGAGAUCCAUCUCGGUGGAAGGACUUUGUGCCGAACAGGGUUCUGAAGAUCCAAGACACCCUGCCCUCUGCCAAAUGGAACCACAUCAACGGAAAGGAGAAUCCAGCGGACUGCGCAUCGAGAGGAAUAUCACCAAAGGAAUUGGGGGAGCAUCACCUCUGGUGGACUGGGCCAUCAUGGCCUGUCCAACCACCAGAACAAUGGGUAGCGGCAUCAACUGAAUUAGCAUCAGUGGUGGCAACGGAGGCGAAACCGCCCACCACCAGCUCAUAUCCAGUGCAUAUUGUCGACGAAGAUGCAAUAAUCAACCGGAUUUCGUCAUGGAACAAGGUAGCUCGAAUCACAGCCUGGGUGAAUCGAGCAGUGAAUAAAUUCAAGGGACAGCCAACACCGGAUUCUUCACAACUAGGAACUACGGAAAUGGAGGACGGAAGACUGUUCUGAGUUAAAUACACCCAACAGUGAUACUUCGAACGGGAACUCAACACACUGAGGGCUGGAAACUCACUGGCAGCCAAGCAUCGUAUGGCGACGCUGACACCAUACCUAGAGAACGACGUUAUGCGCAUGGGCGGACAUCUACGGAAUUCAACAUUGGAUCCGGAGGAGACGAAUCCAAUUAUUCUCCCACGUCACUCACCGCUAUCAACACUAAUCAUUGCGGAAGCUCAUCAGAGGAGUUUCCACUGGGGAACGCAACUCACGUUGGCACACAUCCGGCAGAAGUACUGGAUCAUCGGAGGACGGGCACCACUACGUUCACACAUACUAAAGUGCGUCAUCUGCGCGCGUCAUCGAGGCGUGCGAGCUCAACAGCUGAUGGGACAACUGCCAUCGCGACGAGUGACACCAUCGAGAGUCUUCCUCCACUCAGGAGUCGACUUCGCCGGCCCAAUCAACAUCCAGAGGUGGAGAGGCUCAGGGGCAGGCAAAACAAUGUACAAGGCGUACAUUUGCUUAUUUGUCUGUUUCGCCACAUCCGCAACACACUUGGAAUUGGUCACAGAUCUAACGGCGGCAGGAUUCCUCGCAGCAUACAAGCGGUUUACAUCAAGACGGGGAAUUUGCGCGACCCUGACCAGUGACAGGGGACUAAACUUCAUCGGGGCAGAAAAGGAAUUACGGCAAAUUAUCAACCAGGCAUUCAGCGAAUCAGCUAUCAUCAAGAACUGGCUAGCAACGAACGGGACGGAAUGA